CAACAUUAAAUUCGGACAGAACUUUUAACUAGCCACGUGCCGACCAGGACCGGUCGCAUUUGAUUCGUUGAACAUGGGUGUUCAAAAGAAAAAACUUACUCGUCUGGAAAGACGAGCUCAACCGAUGCAGGAUGUCGUUCCACAUGAACCUCCCAUGACCAACGAAGAUUCAAGAAAUCCAACGCCUACAUCUACAUCUACCAUUAAAAACUCGAAACAACUCGACCUCAAGGACAGCCGAACAACUAGAAAACCAAAAGCUAUGAGUAACAAACAAAAGUUGAAGAUUCAAAGGGGCGUCGAAAUCUCCGAUCGAAUCCAAAACAAAACAUCCAAAAAACACGCAAGAAAAGAGAAUCGUCAAGCAGCCAAGAAGAUUUACGAAUAACCGAGAGCACACGUAAAUACAUUUAAUCGCUUGCAAUGUAUCCACCCGGACAGAACUACAAGUAAAUCGACUACACCAAUCUAAAAACUACUCCAGAGACUCUUUAGAAAAAAAAUUAUGUAAAAGAGAGUCUUAACUGCAGUCAGCUUGAACAGUUCAUUCGUUUCAAAUCUAUCCCUUCCGAUACGCGUCUUUUUCGCAAUAGGAUCAAAAUGUUCAUGCUCCGAGAUAUGUUCUUUGUUACAAAUAUCAUCCAAAUUCAGCUAAUUUAUAUACCGGUAUCUCGAGCUUGAUGCUCUAUUUUUGCGCUUGAAUUCGAG